CAAUAAUUUUUGGAGCUCAGUUUAUUAUUUGAUAGUCAACACAUCGACCUUCUUUGCCCACCAAAACCUCCCACCUUAAGACGUACAGCCCUAUUUCGUUCCUUGCGGGCUCCUAUACAAGUCUAUACCUGCCGUUUAAUUCCCGGGAACAAAAAGAAAAAUGUCUUUCGGCGGACAAACCCCGACGAUUAUCGUCCUGAAAGAGGGGACGGACACCUCUCAGGGAAAGGGACAGAUUAUCUCCAAUAUCAAUGCGUGCAUGGCAGUUCAAGCAACAAUAAAACCGACCCUGGGUCCGUAUGGAGGCGACUUGUUAAUGGUGGAUGCCAACGGCAAGCAAACGAUCACCAACGAUGGCGCGACCGUCAUGAAGCUUCUAGAUAUCGUCCAUCCCGCCGCGCGAAUCCUCGUCGACAUCGCAAGAUCACAAGAUGCCGAAGUAGGCGAUGGCACUACAUCGGUCGUCGUCCUGGCUGGCGAGAUCCUAAAGGAGGUGAAGGAGCAUGUGGAACAGGGCGUUAGCUCUCAGAUCAUCAUAAAGGCCCUGAGGAGGGCUUCAGCCAUGGCCGUCAACAAGAUCAAGGAGAUUGCCAUCGUCACCGACGCAGGGAAUCGGAGAGACACGUUGGCCAAGCUCGCCGCGACUGCCAUGACCAGCAAAUUGAUCAAGCGCAACACUGGCUUCUUCACAAAAAUGGUCGUCGACGCCGUCCUGUCCCUCGACCAGGACGACCUGAACGAGAAACUGAUAGGCAUCAAGAAGAUUCCCGGCGGGUCACUGACCGAGUCCCUCUUUGUCAACGGCGUCGCCUUCAAGAAGACCUUCUCGUACGCCGGUUUCGAGCAGCAGCCCAAGUCGUUCAAGAAGCCCAAGGUGGUGUGCCUCAACGUGGAGCUCGAGCUCAAGGCCGAGAAGGACAACGCCGAGAUCCGCGUCGAGCAGGUGUCCGAGUACCAGGCCAUCGUCGACGCCGAGUGGCAGAUCAUCUUCCAGAAGCUCGAGGCGCUGCACGAGACGGGGGCCAAGGUGGUGCUGUCCAAGCUGCCCAUCGGCGACCUCGCGACGCAGUACUUUGCCGACCGCGACAUCUUCUGCGCCGGCCGGGUCGCGACCGAGGACAUGGAGCGCGUGGUGCAGGCGACGGGGGCGACGAUACAGUCGACGUGCUCCGACAUACAGCCCGAGCACCUGGGCACCUGCGGCACGUUUGAGGAGCGGCAGAUCGGCGGGGAGCGCUUCAACUUCUUCGAGGACUGCCCCGAGGCCAAGACGUGCACGCUCGUGCUCCGCGGCGGCGCCGAGCAGUUCAUCGCCGAGGUGGAGCGCUCGCUGCACGACGCCAUCAUGAUCGUCAAGCGGGCGAUCCGCAACCGCACUAUCGUCGGCGGCGGCGGCGCCUGCGAGAUGGAGGUGUCGGGCUAUCUGCACCGCUUCGCCGACAAGAAGAUCACGCACAAGCAGCAGGCCAUCGUCAAGAGCUUCGCGCGCGCCCUCGAGGUCAUCCCGCGCCAGCUGUGCGACAACGCCGGCUUCGACGCCACCGACAUCCUCAACCGGCUGCGCGUCGAGCACGGCCGCGGCAACACCUGGGCCGGCGUCGACUUCGACACUGAGGGCGUCGCCGACAUGAUGGAGCGCUUCGUCUGGGAGCCCGCCCUCGUCAAGGUCAACGCCAUCCAGGCCGCCACCGAGGCCAGCUGCCUCAUCCUCGGUGUCGACGAGACCAUCCGCAACGAGGAGAGCGCCCAGCCUUUGGCUCCGACCGGCCAGCUGCCUCCCGGUGCCGCGCAGCGCGCUCUGAGGGGCAGAGGCCGGGGUAUGCCACGGCGGUAGAGCGGCUCAAUUUAGGUUGGGAUGUGGAGGGAAGUCUUCGAGCCGGGAAGAGGAGAGGCGGGAUGACCAGUUGUCUGUCCUAUGCGGGCUGUAUGAUACAAUACAAAAAAGAAGGCGUCAUCAGAUAAAGAAGAGGAACUUGGUUGUUCAGAGAUGAUAUUCAUGUGUCUUUCAGGAGACUCCCAUAACUAAGGUAACCAAUGCUGAACCGCAACGCUAUUAGAACAUCAUCUGCUUCUCCAAAAUAAUGCCACUCCAGAGUAUAUACUCCGACCAUCGCCUUUUUCCAUGCCGCCCUGAACAAAUCCCAAACCAAACCUCCCAUCCAGCCAGCC